GUUUUUAGUAUUCUUGACUCUGAUAAAUAAACAGUAGCUGUAAAGCGUAUUGUUCUUUUCCCGUUUGUUUUGUUUUUCCAGACGGGGUUUCUCUGUGAGCUCCUGACUGUCCUGGUACUGUCUCUGCAGACCAGGCUGGCUUCGAGCUCAGAGAUCCGCUUGCCCCCUGCCUCCCGAGUGCUGGGAUGAAAGGCGUGCACCAUCCCCGCCUGGCCAAGCUUACCAUUCUUAAUGCGCUGUGAACCGUGGCACCGGCGUGAUUUUGCAAAUACUAAAAGGAUCGGAAAGUAGCUCACAGACUCCCCCAAAGGAAAAGCCAGGGGAAGCUACUUAACGAAAAAAACUCUUGGCCACCGUGAGAAGUUGUGAGUGCUUUUUCCUAAUAGAAUGUGCUGCGGUUGAUGAACUGUCGCAGAGUACCUUUGAGGAAAACAUAGUAUUUCUCUGAGUGAGGUCUAUCCUGCCCCAACUGCCUUUCUUGAAGCAUUGUAACAGGAUGUCUGCACAGUCUGUGGAAGAAGACUCAAUACUCAUCAUCCCAAAUCCAGAUGAAGAAGAAAAAAUUCUGCGAGUGAAACUAGAAGAGGAUCCUGAUGGUGAGGAGGGGUCAAGCAUUUCCUGGAAUCAUCUCCCUGACCCGGAAGUUUUCAGACAGCGGUUCCGGCAGUUUGGCUACCAGGAUUCACCAGGUCCCCGCGAGGCUGUGAGCCGGCUCCGUGAGCUUUGCCGCCUGUGGCUCCAACCAGAGACACACACAAAGGAGCAGAUCCUGGAGCUGGUGGUGCUGGAGCAGUUUGUGGCCAUCUUACCCAAGGAGCUACAGACUUGGGUUCGAGAGCAUCACCCGGAGAAUGGAGAGGAGGCGGUGACGGCGCUGGAGGACUUGGAGAGUGAACUGGACGACCCUGGACAGCCGGUUUCUCUCCGUCGGCGAAAACGGGAAGUGCUUGUAGAGGAGAUAUCUCAAGAAGACGCUCAGGGAUUACCAAGUUCUGAGCUUGACGCUGUAGAGAAUCAGCUCAAGUGGGCAUCCUGGGAGCUCCACUCUCUGAGGCACUGUGACGAUGGCGCCAGGACAGAGAAUGGCGCUCUGGCCCCCAAGCAGGAGCUUGCUUCAGCUGUAGAAUCUCAUGAAGUUCCUGGCACUCUGAAUGUAGGUGUUCCUCAGAUUUUUAAAUAUGGAGAAACGUGUUUACCCAAGGGCAGAUUUGAAAGAAAGAGAAACCCUUCUCGAAAGAAACAGCACAUAUGUGACGAGUGCGGGAAGCACUUCAGCCAGGGCUCGGCGCUCAUCCUUCACCAGAGGAUCCACAGCGGGGAGAAGCCUUACGGCUGUGUGGAGUGUGGCAAAGCCUUCAGCAGGAGCUCCAUCCUUGUGCAGCACCAGCGAGUGCACACCGGGGAGAAACCCUACAAGUGUCUCGAGUGCGGGAAAGCCUUCAGCCAGAAUUCUGGGCUCAUUAACCACCAGCGAAUCCACACCGGGGAGAAACCAUAUGAAUGUGUCCAGUGUGGAAAAUCCUACAGUCAAAGCUCAAAUCUUUUCAGACACCAGCGAAGACACAAUGCAGAGAAACUUCUGAAUGUUGUGAAAGUUUAAAAAUUGGGGCGAAACAGUAAGCACUCAGGUCUUUUUCUUCAGAACUGAAGACAAAAUUAACAUGAAGUAAUACAGAAAAGAUUUUUUUUCCCUGUUGACUGAGAAAAUCCACUGGGAAAUACAAAAAAAGAAAUCUUUAUUCACCAUUUUAUCUUGAAAGAAAUGGUGUUAUGCCUAGAAACAGAAAUUUUAAAUAAUUCAGGUGUUAAUACCUAAAUUUUCCAUGUGAUGUUUAUAGUCUCUUUUUUUUCCAAGUAAUGAGCUACUUGAUUCUUUGUCCCUCUCUUAACAGUUUCUUUCCUUUUUCAGACAAAUACUUUAUUUCUGUGUUGGUCAUUGGAAUGUUUUGUAAAGAUACAUACCUUUCUGUUUUAAAAGGCAGCAUAGGAAUUGUAAAAUCUAAAAGCCCAUCGUCAAGCAUCUAAAGACACCUUUGAAAAUUUAGUUUCCUUUGUUCAGUUUGAGUAUACUUAGGAAAAAUAGAAAGUAAAGUCCAGCCAAGGCCUCGAUGUUAAGUGAGCCUUAGGAUCUCAGAUGAGUGAUGGUGGCAAAACUUGAAGUAGUGAGGGGGAAUUGGAGAAGUUCCACAUUGAAGUGUGUCGGUUAAGUAGUCUUCUUUCUACAGGAACACUUAACAAGAAACAAACAAACCUGAUUCUGUCUAACUUGUGGGUAUCCUACCAAUGAAGGCAGUUCUCCUCUAAAAACAGACAUUGUGAAAGUAAAGGUAAAUAUGUCACUAUGGAAGGAUUUGUGGUGAAUGCUGGUGUUGAAAGGCAAAUGUAAAAUUAAGGCAAUUAUAUGAUGCGGCUUGUAGAAAAAACUCCAAAUCUAACUGCUUUGCCCUCAUCCUAGUUAAGGAUAGAAAAUUCCUUGAUGGGAGGGCAGCGAUAUCAGGUUUGCUAUUUUUUUAUCCCUUUGGCACAAAAGGGUUGAACAUCAGGCUAAAACAUCCAUGCAUUUAUUAUUAAACAUUUCUACCGACAAUGCACUGUGCAAGGUACUGUAACCCUACGGUAAGUAGGCGGGUGUUUGUUCCACUGUAAGUCAUAAGGGUGUCCCCGUCAGCAUUCCCAGGUCACCUGAUAUUCCCAGAGUUGUAGUUCUCUUACCAGUGUGUUGUGUUUGCAGGGAGAGGUGUCAGCUCAGAAAGCUAGCUAGUUAGCUCUUAGCACUUUUCCGAGGCGAGUUUAAGAUACACUCUUUUAGUUUGAGAAUUUUUGAAUCUUAAAAAUCCAAAUGUAAUUUCUAGUAACCUAGCAGUUAUAACUUGUUGAAUGGACUGUUCUACUUUAAAAAUAAACUAGGCUAUUAAUAACUAGUUUAUUAACUGUCAGAAUUGACUGAAUUUUUUUAAUUUACAGUCUUAACAAAUUUUCUUUAAAAAAAAACAGUAAAAGUGAUAUAUCUUGGUAGUAGGAUUCUGUAUGCCUUGGCUAAGAAUCCAAGUACUGUGGUUCUGAUGUUGAAUUGCAAACUCUGGAAGUUAAAGCAUUGAGUAGAAGAGGUUUGGGGGGUUGGUUUUUUGUUUUAUUUUGUUUUUUAUGUAUGACAGGCAUCGUUACAUGGAAAAUGAUCCAUGGGAGUUCAAACAUUUCUAUCGAGUUGGGUUCUAUCUGGUGCUUGGUCAAAUUUUAAAAUGAAAAGUGAGAUUUUUGUGUGAGCCUAUUGAAAACCAGUAAUAAAUGCAAUGCCAGCUGGUGAAGUGAGACCGAAUGAAGCUUGGUCAUAGAGUUCUGAUGACAAUUACAAGAAAUGUGCUUUAUCAAUUAAGAUUUAUUGAAGUAUAAAUAUGUAGUAACGCUAUAAUGUAUUUUUAAGUUAUACAAGAAGAUGUAGGGACUUUGUUUGGGUCUUUUCUCUGUGGUGAGAGGAAACAAGGUAAUGUCCAAUAAAGCUCUAAACUCCUCUGCUCCGAGACAGAGUCACCUGGAAACAAGGUAAUGUUCAAUAAAGCUCUAAGCUCCUCUGCUCCGAGACAGAGUCACCUGGAA